CGUUCACAUUCAUAUAUAUUUAGGUCAUUCUAGUUGUUUUAUCGUUAGUUUAUCCUCUCUAAAUGGCUCAACCACUCCCCAAUAUGUUUCCUGGUGUUGCGGUAGUCACUGGUGCAGGUGGAACUGGAAUCGGCGCUGCAACUACAAGAGCCUUUGCUGCAGCUGGGUGUACACAAAUCGCUAUUACAGACCUCAACGAAAAGUCUCUGCAACAAAUAGCAGAAGUCAUCACAUCAACAUAUCCUGAAGUACGGCUGCUGGUAAAGGCCGGGGACGUGGCAGACGACCAAUUCGCAGAUUCAUUCAUUGAUGCAGUUGUACAAGAAUUCGGACGAGUGGACUAUGCUGUGAACUGUGCAGGUGUCCUUGGCCAAUCUUUGCGCUCGGCAGAGAUGUCACUUGAAGAAUUCGACCGCGUUAAUAACAUCAACUACCGAGGCUGCUGGCUCUCAUCUCGCGCAGAGCUUAGGCAGAUGGUCACACAAAGUGGACUCCCCAGCCAUGAUACCAAUCGUCCACCUCAGCGUGGUGCUGUGGUAAAUGUCGCCAGCCAACUUGGCAUUGUCAGUCGCCCAGGUGCUCCUGCAUACUGUGCAUCUAAGGCUGCUGUUAUUGGAAUGACACGUGCAGAUGCUAUCGAUUACUCCAAAGAUGAAAUUCGAGUCAACUGUGUCUGCCCUGGCGUCAUCGAAACGCCACUAGUAAUGAAGAAGCCUGAGGUCCGUGAGGCCAUUAUGCCAGCAGUAGAGACUGCACCAAUGAAGAGAAUGGGUCAGCCGGAAGAGGUGGCUGAUGCAAUUCUUUUCUUGUGUUCAACACAGGCAUCGUUCGUACAGGGUCAUGCUAUGGUGGUUGAUGGUGGAUAUAUAACGGUCUAGCUACACGUUGAUAUGACAGGAUACAGAUAACACAACUUGGAAUGUUCAAAUGCUUGAAAGGCAC